GAAAUUUCAUCAAAUUCACACCUCCAUUACUACACAUUAACAUUAUGAGCCUCAACUAACUUAUGCCUAUCUAUCUUCAAUUUUAUAUUUAUUCAUUCAUAUAUAUAUACACACAUUAGCUCCUCUAAUUUUCUACUAUCACAUUUUCUUAUUAUUUCAAAAACUAGAAAACGACGCAGGAUUGAGAAAUAAGAGUUAGAGGAGAAUGGUGUGCUUUUGUUUUCUGGUGGACCAGAGGCGGGAGAUGCAGCGGAGCAAGCCGGCGGCGGGGAUCUGCUCACGGUGCGGCGGUGGUGUCAGCGUGGCGGAUAUGAAGACGGCAACAAGGUUUUGCUAUGUCCCGUUUUAUUGGAAAACAUGGAGAGCCAUUGUUUGCACUUUUUGUGGAGCUGUUCUUCGUUCUUACAACCACUAGUAGAAUCUAGAUCAAUAAGAUUAAUUGAUUAUUUAUCAUUAGUAGAUAAAGUUAGUAUAGUAGUUUUUAAUUGGUACUGACACACGGAUAUUGAAUAAUCCAUGACAAUCAGAGAUCUACAUGAUCCAACUUCCAUCUCUUUCUAUAUUUUUUAUUUUAUUUUAGAUUAUGUUUUUAUAGUUA